GAAACCUCUAUUUGUUAGGAGAGGUUUAUUUUAUUUAGACUUCUAGAGCUGCUGCAGUUUUUGAGGUUGACGCAAACGAUGCUACAGCACGAUGCUGCAACACACAGUUCGGGAUCAGAGGGGGAGAAGUCCAAGCAAGAUGAGUCAGAUGAUGCUGCAACACAGGGGGAGCAAAGUGAAGAUGAUGAAGCCACUGUGGACGAAGGGGAAAGCUCAGAUGCAAAGGAUGAUAACCUAUCAAAUGAGGAGUCAGAUUUUGAGGCUGAACUUCACAAGUUUGAUGCUUAAACUCUUCAUUUUUUUGGGAAAACUCUACUGUUUUUGGCUACUAAAUAUUUUGAUGGGAUUGUUCUGUCCCUUAUGUUUUGGCAUGGAUUCAUCAACUCAUAUUUUUUUGCUGCUACUAUGUUUGUU